AUGGAGAAAUAUUUUGAGUUUAACAGGAAAACUCUCAUCAAUCUUGGUUUCGCAUUUGAUCGUGAUGAGAAGAAAUUCGAGAAAUUUCUAAAAGUUUUCACAUUGCUGACAGUUUGUUUGAUGAUUUUCCAAUCUUUCGUCGAGAUUGGAGUGCAAAGUAAAAGUAAAAUUACCAUUUCAACUAUAAGCACCAUUUCGGUUGUAUUGUAUAACAUUCAAGGACUUGCAAAGUUCAUGGCAAUUUUAAUUAAUCAAAGGAAAUUGUGUGAUAUCAAAAGGCGUUUGAGUGAUUUUAUCAAAGUUCAGGAUGAAAAUCAAAUGAAAGCACGUCAAUUGCAAAUUCAAAGAUUUCCAUGGGUUAUCAAAUUCAUGUACAUUAUAAAUAUCGGUUGUGUCUGGUUGUUUACAAUUCUUGCAACAUUUGCUUUGAUUUAUACUGUCAUUACUCAUGGAAACUUCAGCAAAAAUUCAAUUUUUCGUCGAUGGUAUCCAUUUGAUGAAAUUAAAUACUUCAUUCCGAUAUUUAUUUACGAAAGAAUCACAAAUCAUUUCUUGACUUCAAUUCACACAAAUCUCGAUGGUUUCAUUUUACUGCUUCUUGGACAGUUUUGUAUUUUAUUUCAAAACCAUGGCGAAUAUUUUGAAAAUAUUUUAAACAAUUCCAUGGAGAUCUCAAAUUUCGAUAACAAAUUGAAAGCGGCAAUUGAUUAUCACAACGAACUUCUCGAAUUGAGUGAUAAACUUGUAACAAUUUAUGAAAUUCCUUUGUUUGUCAACGUAUUAAACCAAACGAGUACGAUUUGCUUCAUCGCUUUCAUUAUUUCAACUUUUCCUUUGGACAUUGCGAUUGCAUCUUUUAUCGGUCUGGUCAGCAGCAUCGCUCAAAUAUUCAUUCUCUGUUGGUUUGGUGAUAAGAUCAAAGAUAACAGUUUGGAAAUCGGAGAUAAAAUCCUGAACAGUAAGUAUCAAAACUUGAACAAAUCUCAGAAGAAAUCUUUGCUGUUGAUCGUCAUGAGAAGUCAAAACGCGAGAUAUUUAAGAGGCUCAAAGUUCUUCAACUUGGAACUUUCAGGAUUUACAUCGGUGAAAAAUUAA